CAGCGGGGGCUGGGGGGGGUGGGUAAGCCGCGUGUGCCCCCCCAAAGCCGCGCCGCCCCCGAUUCCCAGCAAGUGAAGCUGAGCAGCCCCGACUACAAGGGCCGCGGGCAGGACGAGGCCGUGGCCGAUUUCCUGAAGCGCAUCGAGUGCUACAAAGCCACCUACGAGCCCCUGGACGACGAGCUGGACAGGUGCGAGGGCUGUCCCCAGAGGGCCACCAAAAGCCACACCCGGCGGGCAAACGCUUCUCCCCGGCCCUCCCAGUACGCCCAGGCGCUGGCCCAGUUCAUCCGCAGCCAGAACAUCCGCGAGCUGAAGGUGUGGACGAGCCACAUGAAGAGAACCAUCCAGACCGCCGAGGCGCUGGGCGUGCCCUACGAGCAGUGGAAGGCGCUCAAUGAGAUCGACGCCGGGGUGUGUGAGGAGAUGACCUACGAGGAGAUCCAGGAGCGUUACCCCAAGGAGCUGGCGCUGCGGGACCAGGACAAGUACCGCUACCGCUACCCCAAGGGCGAGUCCUACGAGGACCUGGUGCAGCGGCUGGAGCCAGUCAUCAUGGAGCUGGAGCGGCAGGAGAACGUUCUGGUGGUGUGCCACCAGGCUGUCAUGCGCUGCCUGCUGGCUUAUUUCCUGGACAAGAGCGCAGAUGAGCUGCCCUACCUCAAGUGCCCCCUGCACACGGUGCUAAAGCUGACCCCCGUGGCCUACGGUGAGUGGGGGUCCCCCAAAAAGGGACUGUCCCCCCAGAGUGGCUCCAGAAAAUGGGGACAGUUCCCCCAAAAAAGGGAAGUUGUGUCCCUCCCGGAAAAUGGGGACAAUUUCCAUCAAAAUGGGGACUGUUCACCCAGAGUGACUCCAGAAAAUGGGACAAUAUACCCCCAAAAAGAGUGUGUCCCACCCCAAAAUGGGAACAAUCCCCCCCAAAAAGGAAUUGGGGACAAAGGCCCCCGAAAAGGGACUGUCCCCCCAGAGUCCCUCCAGAAAAUGGGGACAAUACCCCCAAAAAGGAAUGUCGACAUCAACCGCACCGCGGCCGAUGCCCUCAACACCGUCCCCGAGCACUUCUGA